AUGCGCUUGCUGCAGCCCCAACAGCAGCAAGCUGCGGCUCCGUCAGCAGCUGCUGCUGCUGCUGCUGCGCAGCAACAGCAGCAGCAGCAACAGCAGCAGCAGCAGCAGCAGCAGCAGCAGCAGCAGCAGCAGCAGCAUACGAGUGCUUUUUGGAAAGAGCAAAGGCAAGAGCAGCAGCGGCAGACGUGCAGAUGCAUAGCAGCAGCAGCAGCAACAGCAGCAGCAACGGCAACAGAAACAGCAGCAGCAACAGCAGCAGAAACAGCAGCAGAAACAGCAGCAACACCAGCACCACCACCACCAGCACCAGCACCAUUACCAGCAGCAGCAGCACCACCACCACCAGCAGCAGCAGCAGCAGCAGCAGCAGCAGGAGCAGCAGCAGCAGCAGCAGCAGCAUACAUCCUGGGCCCAAUCCUUUUCUCUAGAGCUCCCCCAAUAGGCAUGCCUAUAGCCAUGCUGCUGAAUCCUGCUGCAGUGAUAGCAGCAGCAGCAGAAAGACGAAUGACUGAUGCAGCGGAGCAGCAGCAGCAGCAGCAGCAGCAGCAUUACCAGCAGCAGCAGCAGCAGCAGCAGCAGCAGCAAGAAGGGGCCUACUUUGAUGGGACCUUUGUUGCUGCUUGUAUCCACCACAAAGUAAAUGCAGCAGAGCUGCUGCCGCGGGUUCUCUGCGGCAAAACCCGAAUGUUGGUUACGCCCUGCAUCAUGAAAGAGCUUCGCAGCCUCCCGGGGGCAGAAGGAGCAGCAGCAGCAGCAAAACGCUACCCCAGGUACCCGUGUAAGCAUGAAGAGGAAGCAGCAGCAGCAGCAGAAGCUGCUGCUGCUGCUGCUGCUGCUGCCCUUGCUACGCCUGUUAUAGAAGACGAUGAUACUGCAGCAGCAGCAGCAGCAGCAGCAGCAGACAGCGGAGAAGCAGCAGCAGCAGCAGCAGCAGCAGCAGAUGCUGUUGCUUCUCCCGUUCCUAAGAAGAAUCCACAGCAGCAGCAGCAGCAGCAGCAGCAGCAGCAGCAGCAGCAGCAGCAGCAGCAAGAAGCUGCUGCUGCCGAAGCAGAAGUUUUUGCAUCACCCAGCUCUUAUAAAGGGAGAGCUGCCUACUGGAGGGUGCAACCUCCGCAGCAGCAGCAACAGCAGCAACAGCAACACCAACAACAACAACAACAGCAGCAGCAGCAGCAGCAGCAGCAGCAGCAGCAGCAGCAGCAAAGGAGACAGUUGACGAUGCCUACAGCUGCAUAG